ACUUUCCUUUCUCCUCUACAACAACACACGAUUAUUCGCAAAUAUAUAUUUUAAGCGUAAAAAAUUCUUCCCUCAUCAAAAAUGAUAAAGCAUAAAAACCCCCUGUAAUUAAAUCUCUAACACCAAAAAAUGAAGCGUCAAAACGUCCGGACGCUUUCCCUCGUGAUAACAACCUUCACUUAUCUUUUAAUCGGUGCUGCAGUCUUUGAUGCAUUGGAAUCCAGAUCGGAACAGGCCAUCAAAAAUUCCGUUGAUGAAAUGCGAGUAGAUUUGCAGACAAAGUAUAACAUUUCCAACGAGGAUUACGAAUGGAUUGAGCAAAUGGUCAUCGAGUACACCCCGCACAAGGCUGGACCUCAGUGGAAAUUUGCUGGAUCGUUUUAUUUCGCCACCGUCGUAUUGGCAAUGAUUGGAUACGGCCACUCGACGCCCUCGACGGUGGCAGGACGCGCGUUUUGCAUGCUUUAUGCGGCCAUUGGAAUCCCCCUCGGAAUCGUCAUGUUCCAAAGCAUCGGUGAAAGAUUAAACAAAGGAGCGAGUAUCGUCAUACGAAACCUUAAAAAAAUCUGCAGAUGCAAGAAAACCGAGGCCACCGAGUUAAACCUCAUGACGGCCACCUCAGUCCUCUCCUCGAUCAUAAUGACCUCGGGCGCAGCGGUAUUUUCCUCGUACGAGGGAUGGACCUAUUUCGACUCGUUUUAUUACUGUUUCAUCACUUUGACCACGAUCGGGUUUGGAGACUACGUCGCCCUGCAAAAUGAUCACGCCCUGCAGAACAAACCUGGCUACAUGGCGCUCAGCGUGGUUUUCAUCUUGUUUGGAUUGGCAGUGGUGGCUUCCAGCAUCAACAUUUUGGUGCUACGAUUUAUGACAAUGCAAGCGGAGGAGAUGCACCGCGAGGACACGGACAUGGGUCCCGCCUCCGAAAAUGUGAACACGUUUGACGACGAAUUGACACCAAAUGGGAAAUUGUUACAACAAAGUGACGCCAAUUUGUGCAAUUCAACAUCAUCGGAUAAUGUCUCUGUCUGCUCGUGCACUUGUUACCCGAGACAUACGGACAUCCAGAGCGUGUACACCCGAAAAACGCGAGCGAGUCGACUUUACCGAAACGACGCGAGCGGGACGGAAGAAGAAUUGUACAGCGUCGAAGCCGUUCCUGCGAUUUUAGAAAAACGGGCUUCCGUUUAAAAUUUUUAUUUUUAAUCUCUUUUUUGCAAUAAAUAAUUUCAUUUUAAAUAAAAAACGAUCAAAACUC